CUCGUUGGUUUGCCAACCGCCAAUAAACACCAUAGAAGAAGAAGGCGGGUGCUGAAGGAGAUAUUGUAGAAAAUGUUUAUUUUUGCAAGCUGUGGUCCUCCUACCGUCGUGCAUCAUGAUGCGUGACGGUGAGAUGCAUUUACAGCAAAUGUUAAACUCGAGUUCGCAUGUAGCCUGGUUGCUACUACGAGGGCUAGCUUGUGGCUAAUUUAGCCAGCGUUGGCCCAACAGCAUCAAAUAGUCCAUGCUAUCGUGUGUUGUCGUUUAAGUAAAUAAGGACCUGUGCUGCGUCCGAACUGCCCGCUCGGAUACUACAUGCUACUGCUACGUGCUACUGCUAGAUCCUACUCCUACAUACUAAACACGUUGGCCCAAUUCGGACACACUAGACGAGCGGUGGGGAAAGACGACCCCCGCAGGCAGAGAGUAGGUACUGCGCCCGUGCAGACAGUGGUAACUGAAGCCCCUCAUCUGCGGGCCUGGCUGUAGUACUGCAGCUGUGCAGUUUAAUGAUGGAAUAAGUGAGCUUUACCUCCAUGAUGUCGCCACAUAUUUGCUCAUAAAAUGAUUACUUGGGCAAAUAUGACACCAUGACAUGACAAAGAGAUACAACCGCACAUUUUUUAGGACAGUGUGUGAAGUUACAUGAAACUUACAUCUGUACUGCUGCGGUCCCGCGACAUGGUGCGCGCUGUUGUGGCCAGCCGGCGUUCGCGAUACAUUUAAAUAGGCAGAGCAGCUGGUGGCGCUAGCAUCACAUGCGCUUCUACAACUUUUAAGAGGACGAAGAAGAAGCCCGUGGUGCAUUUUGGGUCAGUAGCAUGCCCGUAGGAUGCACCGAGACCAACCUACAAUGUGGGCGUGUCUAGUAUCUGAAGUAGUAUCUGAAGUAGCAUGCUACUCGCUCCGGUGGCCAAUUCGGACAUGCUAGAUACUACUUCGACUUCUACUUCGACUACUACUUGGCAAUUCGGACGCAGCUCUGCUCUUUCUGAUGGAGCCAAGUUUAACACUAGAAGGACCAGCUUUUUGCUGUUCUACCUAUAAAGGCCACAGGGCAGCCGAUCGGCUGGAGGGCUUUUAACUAGUACAAAAUCACCACAUUUUGUUUUGCAAACGAGGCUAUCGCUGGUGCACCACAAUAGGGGAUAUGCUGAGUUAUUUCAAGGAAACUUGUGUUGUGGGGAGAGUGAGUGGGGAGGGGGAGGGGAGUUUCCAACCUGGAAACAACUGUAGACAGAAACUGCUUCAGCCAUAGCCACUGCACAGACAGUUAGUACAAAUAAAUGAUGUAAAAUCUGGAUUACUAAAUAUAACCUGUUGUGUGCACCAGAGGUCGGUCCACGGACAAAAACUGUUUGUACUUUAUAAAAAGGACAUUGUAAAUGUGUCUAAAUUGUUAAAUUGCAUACUGUUUGCAUAUGAUAUUGCACUCACAGGAGAGGUAAUUCCUUCUUUGCUGUGGUGGAUGAAUAUCUCACUGCACACAGCCUACUACUACGGCACCUCAAGAAUUCUGAGGUGUACAGACCUCCUCUCCAAGGAACGAAGAUGCAGAGAAGACUCAACACUCAGCAGGCAUUGGAAUUGGUCCUGGAUGGAGUGAACCCUUGUGACUCAGAUGGGGAAGACAUAGACCUUCAGCUGGAUUCGGACUCAGAGCUAUCUGAGCUAUCUUCAGGUUAGAUUUCAUUUCAGCCAUUUUGUUUCUCAUUUGGUUUCUGAGUGCAGUCGUCUAUUUCUUUUGUGUCAUUCUACUUCUCCCAAUGUCCCUGCACCUUAGCUGAGAUAUUUGAGAUGUUAGCUUUAAAGCAUGCAUUUGUGAUAUCAUUUCACUUUCCCAUUGCUCAUAAUUUUUAAUAUACGAUCCUUAUUACCUCUGUCAAGGAGGUUAUGUUUUUGGUUGCCUUGGUUUGUUUGUUUGUCUGUUAGCAUAUUCUAAUUUGAAUUUGUUCACUCUGCAGAUGAGGAGACUGCUCCUCAACCAGAAAAGAGAGCUCGGCUGGGGACUGGCCUGACAGAGACGGCGAAAGAUGGCACAGUGUGGCAUGAAGAACAGGUGGGGAUGGGUCUCCAUUGCACCCCUCCGUCCGCAUACGACGCAGAUGGAGAGCCUACGCCUAAGGCCCGGAGUUCCAUCUUGACUCGUCUUCAGAGCUUCCUGUGUUUCAUUACACUGGACAUGCUUGCUACUAUUCGAGACUGUACUAUUCAACAUGCAAAGCAAACGGAGUAUGUUGAUUGGUGCAUGGCCCUCCCUGAACUAAUGGCAUUUAUUGCAAUCAUCAUCUUGCGGGGGCUGACCAAGGUUCCAUCGAUGAGUGACUGCUGGUCAGCAAACCUGGGAAACCCCCAGAUCAUGGCAACCAUGCCCCGAAAUCGCUUUAAAGACAUCAUGCGACACCUACGCUUUGAUGACAGGGACACCCGCAGUGAGCGCACAAAGACUGACAAGUUUGCUGCAAUUUCUGCUGUGUGGUCGUCAUUUGUCACCAACUGCAUCACAUCCUACAACCCUGGUCGACACAUCACCAUUGACGAACAGCUUUUCCCCUCAAAGACUCGCUGCUGUUUCCUGCAGUACAUUGCAACGAAACCUGACAAGUUUGGGAUCAAGUUUUGGGUGGCUUGUGACUUGAAAUCCAAGUACAUCUGCAAUGUCCUCCCAUAUCUUGGCAAGGACCCCAGUCGUCCCAGUGGGGAGAGACUGUCUGAGAAUGUAGUCAUGAGGCUGAUGGAACCAUUCCUGGACAAGGGCAGAAAUGUUACCACAGACAAUUUCUUUACAUCACUGUCACUUGCGCAACGACUGCUUAGGCGGAAAACCACCAUCCUAGGCACAGUCAACAAGAUUCGCCGGGAAAUUCCACAGUCAUCCAGACAGAGGGACCGCAAUGAAUUCACCACUCAGGUGUUUUCAACAACUGGAGCCACGCUGACAGUGUAUGCGCCCAAACGGAAGAAGACAGUGUACGUUCUCAGCAGCAUGCACAGCGUGGUUCAGACUGAGAAUACCACCAAAAGGAAGCCAAACACCAUCACCCUUUACAAUGCAACAAAGUGUGACGUGGAUGUGAUGGACCAGAUGGUGCGGGAGUACACUGUCCGCACAGGAACACGGCGCUGGCCAGUCGCUGUGUUCUAUAACAUGAUUGAUAUGGCAGCAUUGAAUGCACAUGUGCUGUAUCAAGCAUGCACCGGGAGGAAGGAGAGACGGGUGGACUUCCUGGUGGAGCUUGCAAGAGAGUUAGCUAACUCUCAUGUAACUGCGAAGACGGCACGAAAGGAAGAAUUGUUUCGGCUACAACCUUCCACACCUAGCCCUGGAAAAAGAGCCAUGUGCCAGGUUAAAAAUCACUGUAAGAACAAUCAUGCCACUGUGCGAUGUGUUGACUGCUACAGAUACACAUGUGGGAAAUGCAGAAGGGAGAUACCAUGGCAGUGCCAGGAUUGUGAGUGACAGUCUAACACUGUAUCCUGAUGAUGCAUAUUCACCUGAAGUCCAUCACCAACCUUUUUAUACUUUAUAUAUGUCCUGCAUGCUCUUGUUAUUUUCUAUUCUUGUAUUUUACAUAGUAUUCUCUGUUUAAUGUUGCACCUUCACGCCGUAAAAAAUCCUAGCAUUGUACAUAGCCUUUCAUACUUUUAUACUUUAUAUAUGUCCUGCAUGCUCUUAUUAUUUUUUAUUCUUGUAUUUUACAUAUUAUUCUCCGUUUAAUAAUGCACCAACCCUUGAAAAAAUUCCUAGUCUGUGAAACCUGUUCAUUGACAAUAGCAAUAAAACCCCUUGUGAUUGUGAUUCUGA